GGGAGGUAAGAAAAGUAUCACGCGAUGGGAAGGAGCCUGUCUUUGCGUUUCCGGGUUUCAGUUUCUGCAUCUGCUUAUUUAUAUCAUUGCGAUAGAUACAAAACGUCAACUGAGUGCGGUGAAAGUUCUUUUGGAUGGAAAAUGGAAUGAACUACUUGUGGUUCCAGCAUCAGCCGAACAUGCAGGGUGGAGACGGUUUAUACAGUCGUAUGAGCAGCAACCAGAUUUUCCGCGAAUCUGUUGACCCUGAGCUGGACCAUAAGACAAGGAGAGUUUCAGACAAAUUUUCAGAGAAUAUAAACACAGUUGCUAAUGAACCAUCGCUGGCUUUCUUCCGUAUCCAGGAGCAUGUGAGGAAGACAUUGCCACAGCUGGUGGAACAGAAACAUGAAGUGCAGAGCAUACAACAGCAGGUUCAAGGGGCAUGUUUCGAUACAGAAUAUGCCACAAACGCUGUGAAGACAAUGUACCAAAGUGAAUUCCACUUCCAGAACAUCCAGGAACUGCUGAAGAAUGCCAUGUUCAUGAAACAACAGAUAGGAUAUGAAGAAAGUAGAAGGGCUUCAAUUCCUCAGGAUGGAAGUCAGCCUGCUGCAUCAAGUACUACAUUGUCGGCAACAAUCUCAAGUUCACCUACACCCUCUGACUGUACAAAUGCCACUUUGCCUACAUCUCUCCCUGCUUCAGCCCCACCUGUAAGAGCCCCACCAACAGAUGCUGCCACAAGACCUAACCCUACUGAUCCCAAUUUGCCAAGUCCUGUUUCUGUUCCGGAGUCCCCUGCAGGAGUUCCUCCAGGAGUUGCUGCUGGUCCCGGAGGUGUCCAAUCAGUGAUGGUGAACUGUCAUACCGAGGACAUCGAUGUAGCAACUGAGGCUGAUGAGGACAUUUACAGCUAGCCUCUCUGGUUCCAUCACAAUUAACAUAUUAAUGAUGUCAAUGUAGCAACUGUGGUUGAUGGGGACCUUCACAGCUAGUCUCUACUGGGUCUGUUUGAGCGGUGUAAGAAUUGCAUACAUUGUUAUCUCCCAUGUUCUCAUGUUGAUUUCUUGUUUUGUUCAAUGUGAAGUUCUUGUAAGAUUUUACCUCUGAGGAUUCCAUGUUUGAACUGGUCCCCAUUACCCAGUACUUGUCAUAAGAAGCAACUAAAAUGGAUCCGUGAUCAGCCUUGGUGACAUGGUUGAUUGCCUGUCAUCUUAUUCUGAUAGCAUUGGAUGCUCAUAAUGUCAAUCACUGGCUGCUCUGAUCCAGACUACAUUGUUUACAGGCCACUGAGAUAGAUAAAGCUGAAAUGUUGCUGACUGUAAGGGUAAAUCCAAACAAACGACUCGGUAUUAAUUACAGACUUGAAUAGGUCCACAACACAGCAUUUGUAAGAAGAGCUGGCUAAGAAUGGGCGGUUACAACAGGUAACCAGAAUGAGUGAUUGUUGUUCAUGCUACAAAUGAUUGGUUAUAUUGUAUACAUUCCACAGUAAUAUUGCUGAUCAUUGCUGCAUAAAACAAUGUUCAUUCACAUGAUCUGUAUGAAACUUUACAAGAGACUCUUUUGCUUUCCAUGAGGCUCAGUGUAGGGAGUUUAUCAUGUAAAGUCGAACCUCAAUAUUAUGGAAUAUUCUUCAUGAUAGAAUUCCUUUAUGUCAAAUGAAAGUGUGUGUUAGCAUGGUUAGUCCUGUUAACACUCUACAAUUACACAGACAUAAAUCAACAUUGUAUAAGACUGUAUACUGACGUUGGGUGUUGAGUGACAUUUGUGAUAUAUUUGAAUUGUGCAAUAUUCAGGAGUAAGACAAGAAUAAAACAAAGACUCCUUGUGAGGUUGAAUCUCCAGGGUCAAGCUAGUUCAAAAUUCACUCUGGUCCGCUAGCCCAAGACUAUUAAAUUGUGCAGAGGACAAGUAAAACUCUGAUGAUGGUACUACUCAUGGACUAGUAGCAUUUGAGGGCUAUUAUUCUGAACCAGUUCUCAAUGCUUCCAUUUUGAUACAAAUUGCAACUGAAUAAGACAUAGUAAGCAUUUUGUCUUGUUCAAACACGACUAGAUACAAACUUUGAGGACUAGACAAAUGAGGUAUACAUUAGUCCUCUGGACUAGUCUUAACAACAAAUUCCCAAGGCUGAAUCUGUUAUUACUGUGCAAUAUCAGUGCUUGUUAUUUUAGACUUUCAGUUCUAUGCUGGGGCAAGUCUGCUUCUACAGAUAGUCAUGAUGAAAAUGAAUGUUUGUUGACAGAAAUAUUAUCACAUAAUCCCAUUUUAGUAGUGCUUAUGUAACAUCAUAUGCAAAUGCCUGUUCAAGAGCAUGAUGUUGUAAGAAGAUGAAAAUGUACCUCAUCUGUUUUAUAUAGAUUUCAGAAUAUUAGAAGAGAAAAGGCAGAGGAAAAUUCCCUUUAAUUUAAUGAACUAAAGUUUCCAAAUAUUUUCUUUUAUAAUGGUGUGUUGACAUAUGUGAAUAUCAAAUAAACUUUAAUGAACAAA